UUGUUCAUCGCCUCGGAGCGCGCACAAGUUGAACGUUCCUUUUCUUCCAGAGCGCGCGUAAAAGCUCUUCCUCGCCUUCCUCUCCUCUGUGCGCGGUGACCAUGCUCGAUUGUUACGCGUCAACUAUCCGUGUUUGCUGUGUGCAGCCCCUCUGACCUUUGCAGUCGGCCCAUUUGGACGUGAUAGCUGGGUGCGGGUCAGUGCUUGUUUGCUGAGGAUGCUGCCGCCUUAAAUUGGUCAGCUCCAUCGAGAUCAGCGCGAGGACAACCGAGCGCUUCAUGUAACUAGCUCAGGUUGCAUGGUGUGUUGGCUCUGGGAUUGCAGCCUCUGCGGGAAAGUUCUGAUGCAGGAUGAUGUCGAGGGGGAUCUGCUAUUUGUUCUCCACAAAUAAUUGAAGAGAUGUGCAUACAGUAUGUUCAUCCAGUGGUGGGACCACAUAUCACUGACCUCUGAUCUGACUUCAGUCAACUGUUAACCUCUCAGUCACCCAGGGACCCUCUUCUCAUGUGUUAAGCAGAGCUUUCCUAAAAAGUUUAAUGGAGAGCUGGUCGGAUGACAGCUGGAACCGUUGUCAUAACUGGAGGAAUACUGGCCACAGUGAUACUUCUGUGUAUCAUAGCUGUGCUCUGUUACUGUAGACUCCAGUACUACUGCUGCAAGAAGAAUGGUUCUGACAGUGGCUCCAACUCUCUGCAACACUUUGACUGCAACACCUGCAAUGUCUCUGGCCUGGAUGGGACCAUCGGCAUCCCGGUGUCACUUUCGCCCCCAGAGCGACCCGCAUCCCGCAAAGCCAAGAAAGCCACAGUGGGGCGUCGCCACUACUGCCCCACCUGCUCCCCGUAUGACUCCCUCUUCUUCAGCCGUACCACUGAUGAGAUGCGCAACGGAGGCGAGCGCAUCACUUACAUGCCCACACACUACGAGAACCAGGCGCUGGCCAUGCCGCUUCCCGCCGUGCAGGGGUCCCUGCUGAGGGAGGCUCCUUGGAGCAGAGCACCUGAUUUCUACACCAACACACAAGCCAUCAGCACAGAGGUGUGACACUGCAACUAGAAGUGGUGAACAUAAAGCAGUUUUAGGAGGUGUUUGGACACUUUAUUAUAUUCACAGUUCUAAUUUACAACCCCAAUUCCAAUGAAGUUGGGACGUUGUGUUAAACAUAAAUAAAAACAGAAUACAAUGAUUUGCAAAUCACGUUCAACCUAUAUUUAAUUUAAUAUACUACAAAGACAUGAUAUUUACUGUUCAAACUGAUAAACUUUAACUCUAACUUAUUGUUUUUAGCAAAUCAUCAUUAACUUAGAAUUUUAUGGUUGCAACACGUUCCAAAAAAGCUGGGACAGGUGGCAAAAAAGACUGAGAAAGUUGAGGAAUGCUCAUCAAAUACCUGUUUGGAACAUCCCACAGGUGAACAGGCUAAUAGGGAACAGGUGGGUGCCAUGAUUGGGUAUAAAAGUAUCUUCCCAAGGCAGAAAACCAACAUUGAAUGCCGGUGACCUUCGAUCCCUCAGGCAACACUGCAUCAAAGACCGACGUCAAUGUGUAAAGGAUAUCACCACAUGGGCUCAAGAACACCUCAGAAAACCAAUGUCAGUAAAUACAGUUUGGCGCUACAUCCGUAAGUGCAACUUGAAACGCUACUAUGCAAAGCAAAAGCCAUUUAUCAACAACACCCAGAAACGCCGCCGGCUUCUCUGGGCCUGAGCUCAUCUAAAAUGGACUGACGCAAAGUGGAAAAGUGUUCUGUGGUCCGAUGAGUCUACAUUUCAAAUUGUUUUUGGAACUUGUGGACGUCGUGUUCUCCGGGCCAAAGAACCAUCUGGACUGUUAUGGACGCAAAGUUCAAAAGCCAGCAUCUGUGAUGGUAUGGGCCUGUGUUAGUGCCAAUGGCAUGGAUAACUUACACAUCUGUGAAGGCACCAUUAAUGCUGAAAGGUACAUACAGGUUUGGAGAAACAUGUGCUGCCAUCCAAGCAACGUUUUUUUUUCAUGAACGCCCCUGCUUAUUUAAUCAAGACAAUGCCAAACCACAUUCUGCACUUGUUACAACAGCGUGGCUUCGUAGUAAAAGAGUGCAGGUACUAGACUGGCCUGCCUGCAUUCCAGACCUGUCUCCCAUUGAAAAUCUGUAGCGCAUUAUGAAGCGUAAAAUAUGACAACGGAGACCCCGGACUGUUGAACAGCUGAAGCUGUACAUCAAGCAAGAAUGGGAAAGAAUUCCACCUACAAAGCUUCAACAAUUAGUGUCCUCAGUUCCCAAACGUUUAUUGAAUAUUGUUAAAAGAAAAGGUGAUGUAACACAGUGGUAAACAUGACCCUGUCCCAGCUUUUUUGGAACGUGUUGCAGCCAUAAAAUUCUAAGUUAAUGAUUAUUUGUUAAAAACAAUCAAGGUUAUCAGUUUCAACAUUAAACAUCUUGUCUUUGCAGUGUACUCAAUUAAAUAUAGGUUGAACAUGAUUUGCAAAUCAUUGUAUUCUGUUUUUAUUUAUGUUUAACACAAUGUCCCAACUUCAUUGGAAUUGGGGUAGUAGUUGGUUACUACUUUGGUUUUUUUUGGUUACUACACUGUAAUUUGAUUGUUAAUUGACGUUAAUGACUGAGGGCUAACUGACUAUCAAAAUAUACUGUCUAAAGUAGUGUUUACAUAUUUGCCCAAAACAAAAAUGUCAUCUGUUAAAUAAUGAAGUGUGAGGCAGUUGUGUCAUCCUACCUACAAAGUUCUGAAUCUUAUCAGUGCAUGCUCAAGUUUACAGGAGAUUCCAUUUCUAUGCAAGAUGUUUUAGAAUUCAAUUUCAAUCUAAGUUCAAUAAAUUUUACUUUAUUGUGUAACCUUACUGGCAGAUCAUGAAUAUGUGAGGUACAGUUGAUCGAUGUAGAUAUACUUGUAAGCAAAUACGAGUGAAUCACGGGUCGUUUAAGUUCCCGUGGUUUGCUUGGUCCCUUACUGAGCUUCCACUUUGUGUCCUCGUCUGCGUUUUAAAGACGCACUAAGUAUCUUUAUUAGGCUUUACACGAUCAGGAUUUUUGGCGCCGAUCACCGAUCAGCAAUUUUUAAAAAACGAUAACCGAUGACCGAUCUGAUCACAAGAUGGAGCAAUGUGUCCAUUUACAUGACUUGUUCAUUUAUUGUAUAUACUUGCGUACUGUAUACUUAGUAUCUUCAAGUAUCCUCUAGCAUUUUAGACAAAAGUUAAAUAUCAGUGACCUCUAGGGGGCAUUCAAGGAUUGGCCACUGACAUAAGUUUAAGUCAAAUCGACAUUACAACGUGACAGAAAUAAUGGGUGCUAACUUACUGUAAUUACAUUGCUUUAUUGCAAUUAAAUUACUUUAACAAAUACUGUUAAUGACACGCUUACUCUAACUUUCUCACUGUCCCAGCUAUAUGGACGGGUGUUGUCCAGAGUUUGCGCCCGUUUGGCUUUUCUUCCCGCCCCCACGCUGCGUUGCUUGAACGCGGCAUCCUCCUCCUGGUGUACAUUCUUCAGGUGCCUGAUCAAAUUUGUUGUGUUGAAGCAUUUAGAUGACGUUCCCCACGACAUACUUCAGUUGUGCACAGACUGCAAAUAACUUUCGUGUUGUCUGUCUGAGACACCGCAAAAUAGUCAAGAUACCAACGACGUGUUUUUUCACCGACAAGAUGGAAAAAAUGUUUUAUUGGCCAUCAGAUAGUUACAGUACUAUGCCACAAGACAUGUGACAAGGCUAAAAAAUAAACUAGCUUUUGGAUUCAUACGCGACGGCGACGCGGAGUAAAUGCCUUUUGCGGAGCCGGUCGAUGACGUCAUUGAUCGGAUCGGCAUAUUAUGACAUCAAAGCCGAUCGGCCGAUCAGCAUAAAAUGCUAAUUAUCGGCCGAUUCCGAUCAAGCCCAUCAGAUCGGUGUAAAGUCUAAUCUUUAUCAGUUUUUUUUUUUUUUUUUUUGGGGGGACAAUAUACACAUGGGGGCAGCAACCACAUAAGACUACAUACCAGAAACAACUGCAAUGCUCUCUACUUUAUUACUGUUGUGCUUUUUCUGCUGGAUGUGGCAGGAUACUGAACACUUGCAAGUCUUUACACACAAGUUUUACACACAAAGAUGGGACUCAUUUGCGUUUUGCAUGCACAUGCGCUUCAUGUUACACGCAUUUGUCUUUGUUUGUUUCGAUGAGGAGGGUAAUUCACUCUUUGUUCUCGUUUACUAUUACUUUCAUGUUGAAUCAUCAAUAUCAACACAGCACUAUUGUUUCUCUUCACAUUGUGAGAACAUCAACUUUUUAGAUGCAGUAUGCUACAAGUCAUCUUUGUUUGUGACCAACAAUGUUUGCUGAGAUAGUCCUGAGUAUAAAAUUAUUUUUUUUUCUCAGAAUCUACAACCUUUUCCAUUCUUUUCAGCAUAAAAUUACACCAUUGAUAGCAGCAACUUGGAUACUUUUUCAUCUAAACACCCUUAAAAAAAAGAUUUUUUUAAUUUUGGUCUUCGAGCAAGGGCAAAUAAGUGUACAGGACACUUGUAUAAAGGUAUUACUCAAACCAAUGUGAAAUGUGUCAUGUGUUUAUAAAAGUCAAUACAAAAUGUCAGGACAAACGCUUUGUUACAAAGAAUAUUAUUAUCAUUUCAUUACUUACUGUAUUACCUGCUAAACUAGUUUAGAAGCUACUAGUUAAACAGAACAAAAAACGAUUUUGAAAUGUUGAUCAAGAAAUUGCCAUAGAAUCAGAAUCCUCUUUAUUUGCCAAGUAUGUCCAAAAACACACACAAGGAAUUUGUCUCCGGUAGUUGGAGCCGCUCUAGUACGACAACAGACAGUCAAUUGACAGAGAAUAUUUUUGAGACAUAAAGACAUUUACAAAAAACAGUCACUGAGCAAUAAAGGGUUAAUAGUUAUCUGGUAAUGCCGGUACAUUUUUUUCUUUUUUGACAAUUGUGCAAAAGAUGCAGAGUCCUCUAACACUUAGAGCAGUUCGAAUGACUAAUAUUGCAACAGUCCGGUGCAAUGACCAUUGUGCAAAAGACGCCGAGACUUCAAGGAGUGUAUGCAGUUUAAAGUGACGAGUAACGCGAUAAUCUGGGACAAUGUUGAUUGUGUAAAUGUUGCAGAUACUCCUCAGUCAGUGUGCAAAUGGAGAUAUAUAUGAUCAGUAAUAUUUAACAGUGAUACAUUUUGACAAAGAAAGAUUUGUAAUUGCUUGGAAUAGAUGUGUGUAAUUAUAA